UUAUUAUUUGAAUCAAAUUUUCCUCGCCAUAUGGAAAGGAUCUAAAAAUUUUCAUGUGAUAUUCAAACAAUCGAUAGUAUUCUAAACACGUGCAGGUGUUAUUUUUGUAUUUUUGAAUUAUUUUUUGUGAAAUUUAAAUUAUAAAAAUGAUUUCUAUUGAUGGUAUAUUGAAAAAAGCCUCAGACCAAGAGGAGAAAGCUCAACAAUUAGUCACUGUUGAUUCGAAACAAAUCGAUUUAACCUAUGACUUGGCACAUCUUGCUGUAUUUGAUCCGAAUAUAUUAGAUUUACAAGCUCUCAAGUGUGAAAAACGUGAAAAUUAUAUUAAAUCGUUGACCAGAGACAAUACACAACUUGUUUUGAACCAGAUUUGGAAUUUGGAAACAAAACGGGUUGAUAAUGCAAUAACUGCAGUGUUACCUAAACAAGCAGUCUAUAACCUGCCACGAACUAAAACAAUUCCUAAACCUAAACCUCCCACCAAAUGGGAACUUUUUGCUCGUUCUAAAGGUAUUACCAAAAAGAAAAAGGAACGAAUGGUUUGGGAUGAAGUUACCAAACAAUGGCGUCCACGUUUCGGUUAUCAUUCGAUUGCUCAACAAAAACAAGAAAAUGAAUGGGUGAUUAAAGUACCUGAUCAGGCAAACGUUAACGAAGACUAUUUUGCUAAACGAUCCAAAGAACGAAAUGAACGUGUUGCAAGAAAUGAAUUACAACGACUUCGAAACCUAAAUUAAAAUUUUUUAACUAAACUAAACAAAUAAACAAAUAAAUUUUUUAUUCGAAAAAAAUUUUUUCAAU